GGAGAGGAGGAGGAGGAGGAGGAGGAAGAGACGGACAAGUAGAGAGAGGCAAACGCAAGAGGGGACCGAUCGGUAUCCGGGCGAAGAUGGGAGGAGAAAGGAGUCUGAGGCAUCAGCACAUGAUGGGAGGCCGGUCGGGAUUGCGAUUGGCGAUCAUCAGCGGCGUUUUCCGGAGAGAAGUCGCCGGGAUCGCGACCUUGCGUAAAUCCUCUCCCCCUCCUUUUCUCCUCGUCUUUCAGCUGAUGGCUUUCAUCGGGAUCGCGACUUUCUUGAGCUUCGGUGUUGAGCGCGGGCUUGGUCAGCAAAUGGUACCGUCAGCCUUGGGGCGUUCACACAUUCGUAUCAAUUGCGGUGGACUACCGACAAACGACUCCCUUGGUCCAUGGGAGGACGAUGCACCUCUCAUCAUCAGUGGUGACAGUACGUCUCAAGGUUUUCCGGAAAUAAACAGCUCGAACCCUCUGGCGAGUUAUCGUCAGUUUGGAAAUAGAGGAGGACAGUACCAUGUCACAGUGAACGCAAGUGCGUACUACCGGGUUCAGCUUCUUUUCCUGUUCCGAAAGAACGAGACGAUGGCGCAAGAGAAGAUAGUUCAAGUCUCGAUUCAAGGGCAUGAAGGAGAAUCCAUUCCACGCUGGCUGGGUGCACCGGGCUUUAACCUGACAGUUUUCGACCUCGGGAUGUUUGACGGGAAUUUAAAGUUGUACGUGUCGGAAUAUGUUUUCUUCUGUGACUCCACAAAUCUGUCCAUCGCCCUCGGCCCUGCCGAGCCAGCGGGGAUUGUCCUGCCGCGAGUCAGCGUGAUCUAUAUCUGGGAGCUUGCAGAUGGUGCGUCGGUGCUCCAAAACCAGAUGAUGGGGAAGGAUGUCAUGCUGAUGACAUGGUGUCGGCAAAACUGUGGAGGGCAAUGGAUUCGGGACUCAGAAGGGCAUCUUUGGGAGGGGGAUAGUGGAGCACCCGUGGAGAACUCGACUGUCUCUUUGACAUCCCCGCAAUCUUUUGCGGUGCAAACAAACGAUACUCUCAUAGAUACCCAGUAUCCUUGGGUUCCCCCUGAUGUUUGGGCGACUGCGCGAAUCUCGGCCCCUCGCACUUACAUUGACUACAGUGUGAACCUGGACCAGGCGGAGCGUUACUUCCUGGCGCUGUACGUGGCACCUAUGCCUGACCAGGGGGUGCCUGUACAGUCGCAACUCCUCCUUAUCUCCACAUUCCGGUCUUCGACACAGCAAAUCAGCCGCACUGUGAAUGUGCGAGAGAUGGUCCUGCGCCCAAUCCCUAGGGUGGAUACGAAGCUCGAAUUGGAGAUAAGACUGGGUGGGAAGAAUCCUAGCGACCAUGCAUGGAUCAGCGGACUGGAAGUUAUCAGGGUCAUUCCUAUGAAGGGCCUCACAUUGGAAGCCGAAGUGCAGGCUUUGGGGGAGAUCAUGAACUAUACUGGAGGCGUACUGGAGCCAGCUGAUCCUUGCAUUCCUCCUUCUGCCAAUGUGUUCAAUAUUACCUGCGGUUCAACCAGUGGUGGAGUCUUCACACCAAUCGGCUUGUAGGUGAUUUGAUUUUGAUUCUUCUUCUUCCUUGUUAUGAUCCUGGCCAAUUCC